CCCACCAAGAACAGGACUCGAUGGAUGGAGUCGGGCUCUGCCCCUGCAGACGUGGAGCCAUCCACAGGGAGGGACGCCGAAAACGACUUACCAGCCCCUGCGAAUUCCCCAAAUCUCCUCGAGGAGGAGGGAGGCACGCACACCGCCCAGGAGCGAGCCUGUCUCAAAAUGUCGCUCUCGCGGCCCGAGCAGCGGCCACAGGGACCUCCGUGGCCGGCGCACAGGGCCGGGGGCGGCCGGGCGGCCAUUGUUACUGCUGGUUCCCCGCUCAGACCCGCACCAGGCCCGAACGCGGAGCUCGGCCCGAGACGCGGACACUGUCGGCCCGCCGCGGCGGCCACCGCCGCGCACCAGGCCUCGCUCUCAGCAAAACACAAAGCCCUUCCCGGCUCGCCUGAGAAUGCCGCGGCCCAACGCUCGCCCACUCACCUCCGACCCCGGGUCUCCCAUUUCUCCGACGGCCUAACUGACAGCACCACCGCUCCUGCGGUCCCCGCCGCCGCCGCCGCCGCCGUCGCUGCCGUCCCCGCCGCCGCUGCCGCCGCCGCCACGACUUCCCUUCCCGCCCAGCACCGCUUCGCGCCGCCGUGACCCGCCCCUGCGUGAGCGCCGACGCCGCCGACGCCCCCGACGCCGCGGGCGGAGAGAGGUGCGAAACCGCUUCAAAAGGAGGAGCGACCGGCUCUGGGCCGCUAUCCCCCGGAGCCUCUGUCUCGCAGUCCCGGCCUGCCUUCUCCGGGCCGCGCGGGAAACCGGGAGUUGUAGUUCUGGUUGUUCCUGCGACUGUCCGAUUUCAGUGGAAAAGCAAGGAAAAGGACUCCAAGCGGGCCUGGAAUGCGGAGGCUUAGUUGAAUUUUGUGAUAAGGAAAGAAAUAGAAGGUUUCCUUAUGCUACCCACCUGGCUUCAUUAUCUGAGAUAGUAUGUAUGAAUACACCUGAGAAGAAAAGUUGAAGACCAGACCGCCAGUCACCAGGUUGUCCUUAAAGAAAACUGGAGAAGCAAGUGAGAGUCUAGGACCCAAGACCACACGGGGCCAAGGCCUGACUAUCACUAAGCCCUACACUAGUGAAAAUAACGUGCUGUUUAAGGAUAGUCUCAGAUACUACUUUACUAAAAUAGCUUACCUUUUUCAAUGUUCACAGCCAAAAAGCACUCUAUAAAAAUAGUUCACUCAUGUUCAUCUGUGUGGUUUUCUCACUCUAUUGUCUUACCAAAAAGAUCCGGCUUCCCCCCCCCCCAACACCAACAAUUUUGAAAAGGACCUUUUAAGCUGGAAAAUUCUUUUAAAUCUUAUGAGCUUGUUUUUGCCUGUUUAUAUGCAAAUCUACCAUUUGAGUUUUCAUGUCUAUAGUAAAUUUCCUUAAUACUUGGUAUUUCCUGCAUUUCCAGCAAGUUCUUUAUGAUUUCACUUGCUUUUCCACCUAAGUUUGAGAAUUCUAGGAGCAAACUGAGAAUGGGAGACCAGUUACAGGUAGGAGUUAAUUGGUAAAACUCUUGGAAAACAAACUUUAUGUGGCUGGAGCUUCCAAAUACUCAUACUCUUCAAUUCAGUUGUCAUUGCAAGCUUUUUAAGGACACACAUUAAUCUGUAGGAAAAUUUUUAUGCUA